GGGGGGCGGGGGCAAGUGGGGCGGGGGGCGACGGACGAGUUUGAUCCGAGGAGCCGAGGCCAUGUCGGGCCCCACCUGGCUGCCCCCGAAGCAGCAUCAGCAUCAGCAGCCUCAGCGCCCCCCGGGGAGGACGCCCCCCACCCCCGGAACAGGCGGGCCGCCCCCUCGCACCCACCCCGACCACCUCGGACCCCCCCGCACCCACCCGGACCACCCCGGGCCGGGCUUCGGGCCGGCCCCGGUCCCCUCCGCCCCGGACCAACGCUACCCUCCCCCGAGGGCGCCGGAGGAGCGGGCCUCGGCCUGGGGGGGUCCCCCCGGGGCCCCCCAACACCUCCAGGGCCGCACGGCGGACCGGGGGCCGUUGAGCCCCAGGACCAUCGAGGCCGAAAUCGACUCCCUGACCAGCGUCCUGGCCGACCUGGACAGCGGCCGAGGCCACGCGGCCCCCCGCAGGCCCGACGCCCAGGUUUAUGAGCCCCCUCGGCCCCCCGCCUACCGGCCAGGCCCCCCAAAAUCGGUCGGGGGAAGCCACCCCACCCCCCGGGCCCCGGCCCCGCCGUAUGGUGGCCCCACACCAGCUUCCUAUGCCACGGCCAGCACGCCGGCGGGCCCGGCCUUCCCCGUCCAGGUGAAGGUAGCCCAGCCCGUCCGCGGCUACAGCCAGCCCAGGCGGGGGGCUCAGCAGGCUUACGGAGCCCCCACGGCCCCCCAGCCGCCCCCCGCGGGCCGGGCCGAGGCCUGGGAGGCCGGCUACAGGGGCCGGGCGGAGCCGGGGGGGAAGGAGGACCGUCCCAGAGGCGCUCAUCCCAUCGGAGCAGGAGGAGGAGGCAGCUACCUACCUAAGGCUCCCCCAAGCCGACCCCCGGAGGAGGAGGUGGAGAGACUCACGAAGAAGCUGGUCCAUGAUAUGAACCACCCGCCGCCCAGCGGGGAGUAUUUUGGCCGCUGCGGGGGCUGCGGGGAGGACGUGGUCGGGGACGGGGCCGGGGUCGUGGCCCUGGAUCGCGUCUUCCACGUGGGCUGCUUCGUCUGCGCCACCUGCCACGCCCGGCUGCGGGGACAGCAUUUCUACGCCGUGGAGCGGAGGGCCUUCUGCGAAGAUUGCUACCUGGUGACCUUGGAGAAGUGUGCCGUGUGCUCCCAACCCAUCCUGGACCGGAUCCUGCGGGCCAUGGGCAAAGCCUACCACCCGGCCUGCUUCACCUGCGUCGUCUGCCACCGCGGGCUGGACGGGGUCCCCUUCACCGUCGACGCCACCAGCCAGAUCCACUGCAUCGACGACUUCCACCGGAAGUUCGCCCCUCGCUGCUCCGUUUGCGCUGGUGCCAUCAUGCCCGAGCCCGGGCAGGAGGAGACGGUGCGCAUCGUGGCCCUCGACCGCAGCUUCCACGUGGGCUGCUACAAGUGUGAGGAGUGCGGGCUGCUGCUGUCGGCGGAGGGCGAGUGCCAGGGUUGCUACCCGCUGGACGGCCACAUCCUCUGCAAGGCCUGCAGCGCCUGGCGCAUCCAGGAGCUCUCGGCCACCGUCACCACCGACUGCUGAGCCCGCCCGGACCCCGCCCCCCGCGGGACCCCCCGCCCGGAGGCGGGUGGAGGGCUCGGGAACGGGGGCUUGGGGUGGGUCUCUGACCGUUGUAAGGGAUACCCCCUCUCCCCUACCUCCCGUCUUCCCCUUCCACACACAGUCUGGAGGGGGGACCCCUUCCCAGUCUCACCCUCCCUUCUGCCCCCACCCCGGACCCACCUCGGCCGCCCCCUUUUUCCGUACACUCCUUCAGUGGUGCUGUGGUGGGGUGACUCCCCCUCCAAAAUCAAGGAUGUGGGGGUGUUCCCUGUCUCCUUAAUAAUGCUCCCCCACCAUCUCCAGCACCCCAUUUUUGGCAGGGGUGGGGGAGGAGGAUGAUAUGACCCUGCAGGCAGGGCCAGCCUGUCCCGCCCCCCCAAGUAGAUAGGAGGGCAGGAACCCCCCACAACCAGAGCAAUGGUAGAGGCGGUGAUGGGUGGGGGGUCGCUGGGGUAUUUUUUAGGCCAGUUUUUUUAAGCAAAGGGGCUAUUUUAUAUAACUGGGGGCAGCGGGGGGCUGGGAGUCACCGUGCUCUUGGCUGUGAGGGGAUGGGUGCGGGGGCGGGCCUCAAUAAAGACAUUUUGUGGUUCAUCCGG